UGCUGCAAGAACAUGUCAUCAGGUAGGCAUCCUUCCUCAGCUCUCCUCUCUUUGCAUCCAACAUACAUAUCUGGUGGCGACGCUAGUUGCUACCAAACUCCUACAAAGUCUUCAAUCUGGCCUCUCGCGGCGGGUACAGCCCGCUCACAAACAUGCACAACGACGGAAGUCACGCUCCAGAAGUGGUGCCGGGCAGCGGCGCAGAUGGCCUGAUACCAGCACCAGACCGGGCAGUGGAAGCUCCUCAGAGCCUGCACGAGAACACUUCGCCUGCCUACUCGUACCCACCUGGUCACAAGGAUGAUCAGGCAUACUCAUCAGCAUACGGCACCCAGGACGAGAAGCUCGCGAAUGUCACAGCUGCAGAAUCUGGCCUUGCGCAGGCCCGACCAAACAAGCGCAAAAGAUUAAUAUGGAUUGUCAUCGGCGCGAUUUUACUCGCGCUGGCCAUCGGACUGGGCGUCGGACUCGGAGUCGGUCUGUCACAAAACAGCAACGACGAAGACCAGAACGCAGAAACUGGAGACAGCCAGGAAGCCACCCAAACCGACCUCCCAACAACAACCAUAACACCAACCUCCGCAACCUCAACCCCCACCUCCUCCGCCGUAACAUCCGGCUCCACCGGCCUCGCCCAAUUCUCCUGCAACAGCACCGAAACCACCACCUCCGAAUCCGGCACACCUUACAUCCAAGAAUGCUACACCCAAUACCAAGUCAACCGCCCCUCCUUCUACAACCCCUCCAACACCACCCUCUCCAACCUCGGCGGAAAACUCACAGUCUACACCUUCCAAGACUGCCUCGAUAAAUGCGAUGAGCGCAAUGAAGCAGGGACAAAUCCUCCUUGUCGAGCUGUCACAUAUUAUGCGAAUUUGACGAAACCGAUUCAAUUGUGGGGCGGGAAUUGCUUUUUGAAGAAUGAUCGGGGGAAUGGGUUUCAGACGGAUCCUGUCGAUUGGGGGCAUACGGCGAGUGCGUAUAUGAGUUGUUUGAAUGAGACUUGUUGGGGGGAGAAUGUUUGAGAGGCAGGCAGAGAGAGGGAGAUGAUUGAAAGAUGCAAAAUCGGAUUUACAGGACGAAUGUGAUGAGCCAAGAUAUACACCAGCAUUAUGAAUUCGUGAGAGGAGCAGUGAGAACUGAUUUGCCGUAAUUUCUACUAUGG